AUGAGUUCAAUUUCAGUUGAUAAUAAGCCUCAUGCUGUAUGCAUUCCCCUUCCAUUUCAAUCCCACAUUAAGGCAAUGCUUAAAUUAGCAAAACUCCUCCACCACAAAGGUUUUCAUAUCACCUUCGUUAACACAGAGUUUAACCACAAGCGCUUUCUUAAAUCUCUAGGACCAAACUCCCUUGAUGGCUUGCCUGAUUUUCAGUUUGAAACUAUUCCUGAUGGCCUUCCAGAUUCAGAUGCAGAUUCCGCCCAAGACCCCUAUCUUCUUUGUGAUUCUGUCAGAAAAAAUUGCUUGGCCCCGUUUCGUAAACUCAUCAUGAAACUCAACGAUACAACUUCCAGCAAUGUUAAUCCUCCAGUGACUUGCAUUGUUUCUGAUGGUUUCAUGACGUUCACCAUCACAGCUGCUGAAGAACUUAGAGUCCCUGUCACACUGUUAUUUACCAUUGCUGCAUGUGCCUUCAUGGUCUCUAAACAAUAUCCCAUUUUGGUAGAAAAAGGACUUGCGCCACUAAAAGAUGAGAGCUGCUUAACAAAUGGAUUUCUAGACAAGGUAAUAGAUUGGAUUCCAGCAAUGAAGGGUAUCCGUUUAAGGGAUCUCCCAAGCUUUUUCGAAACUACAAAUGAUCCUAAUGACAUUUUCCUCAACUUCACCAUUGAAGCAAUGGACAGAGCUCAUACAGCUUCAGCAGUUGUGCUUCAUACUUUUGAUGUAUUGGAGAGAGAUGUUUUGGAUGCUCUCUCAUCCAUGCUUCCACCUGUUUAUGCCAUUGGCCCUCUCCAAUUACUUCUCAAUAAGAUACCACAAGAGUACCCUGUGAAGCCUAUGGGAUACAGUUUAUGGAAAGAAGAAACCGAUUGCUUCAAAUGGUUAAACGACAAGGCACCAAAUUCUGUUGUUUAUGUGAACUUCGGCAGUAUAGCAGUCAUGACACCAGAAUGUCUUGUGGAGUUUGGUUGGGGACUUGCAAAUAGCAAGAAUCCCUUCUUGUGGAUAAUUAGGCCUGAUCUGGUGGUGGGUGCCUCAGCAAUUUUGCCACCUGAGUUUGUGGCUGAGACCAAGGAAAGAGCUCUCAUAGCAAGUUGGUGCCCACAAGAACAAGUGCUUAACCACCCAUCCGUUGGAGGGUUUCUAACACACAGCGGUUGGAAUUCAACCAUUGAAAGUUUGUCUGCAGGAGUUCCUAUGGUUUGUUGGCCACUCUUUGCUGACCAGCCAAUAAACUGUUGGUAUGCUUGCAAUGAAUGGGGCUGUGGCAUGGAGAUUGAUAAGAAUGUCAAGAGGGAGGAAGUGGAGAAGCUUGUUCGAGAGUUAAUGGAGGGUGAGAAGGGCAAGAAAAUGAAAAAUAAGGCCAUGGAGUGGAAGAAACUAGCAGAAGAAGCCACUGGUCCACAUGGUUCUUCAUCCACAAACUUAGACAAUAUGGUGAAUCAAGUGCUAUUAAAAAACAACUAG